CAUGACCUAAACAUGGAAGCGCCCAUAUGGAGUUAAUAUGAAAAUGUAAAAAUUUAAUUACAGAAUCGCAUUAGGUUAGAGCAUUGUUGGCAUUCUUGGUCAUACAGUGCCUGUCAGCCCACUUCUCCACUGUGCUGGAAAAAGAAUUUGUUUUAUGUACCAUAAUAUAUAGGCCUACUGGUAUAAAACUGAAAAAUGAAGGGCUCGGAUCUCUUGGCUGGGGCAGCUAAAGCUGCUACAUACAAUAUGCUCUUACAGUUUUCUUUGCGGAUUAUGACAUUCCUGUUAAAUGCAUUUGUUUUACGAUUUAUUACCAGAGAUAUGUUGGGUGUGGUUAACGUCAGACUGACGUUGCUGUAUUCCACAACUUUGUUUUUAGCCAAGGAAGCGUUUGACAAAGCCUGCUUAAGUAAAAGUGAACAUAAAAAUUGGCAGCAAAUAAUAAAUCUUCUUUGGUGUACAUUUCCAGUGGCUAUAGUGUGUUGCAGUUUGCUUAGUUUUGUAUGGUUAUAUAUGGUAGAUGUACCCGAUACACAGUUAAUACCAUAUUAUAAUAUUGGUGUUAUCUGCUUUGCUAUAUCUACUGUUAUUGAAGUUAUAGCAGAACCUUUAGUCAUAGUAGGCCAAGCGUUUAUGUUUGUCAAAUUAAAAGUUUUAUUUUAUGGAAUCUCUCAGGGUGUAAAAUGUUUACUUACUGUUAUUUUAAUUAUAUAUUCACCUGAUCUUGGUAUCAUCAAUUUCUGUAUUGCACAGAUUAUAUCGGUGCUAGUGUAUGUUGUUCUGUACUAUGGUUAUUUUAUAAACAAUAUGUCAAAGGUUAAAAAGACAGAUGACUUUCCUUUUAAAAGUGUUGGCGAUUUCCUACCCAAAAAACUUAAAGAUAAACCAUCUAUUGACAGUCAUUAUGCCAGUUUAACAUGGAGUUUCUUUAAACAGUCAUUUUUAAAACAACUCUUGACAGAAGGUGAAAAGUUUGUGAUGACAUUUUUUAAAGUGUUGAGUUUUGCUGAUCAAGGUAUUUAUGAUGUCAUCAAUAAUUUGGGAUCUAUGGCAGCCAGAUUUAUAUUUUUACCUAUAGAAGAAAAUGGUUAUUUAUUUUUUUCCCAGUCAUUAACAAGGGGUGUUGCUAUACACAAACAGAAAAAGGAAUCUGUGGAACUGUGUUGUGAUGUUUUAAGAUCUCUAUAA